UUGGACCUCUAAGUUUUGAGUGUUUGGAGUCGGAGGUUUAACAGGGAAUGGGUGAAGAAGAGGAAAGAAAACAACUGAGAAUGGAAUCGAAAAAGGGGGAGGAAGAAGAAAGCAAAACCACCAUGACUCCAUGGGAACAACAUGCCAGCAUUAUAAGCAUUCCUCGCUUCGAUUACAAGGCUCCAUCUUCUUUACUUCAACGCUCUCACUCUGCCUUCCUCAUCACUUGCACUAUCAAGAGGGAGAAGAGCGCUACCAAAGAAGCCAUGUCUAUCUUUUCAAAGUAUGUUGGGUCCUUCAAGAGUGAGAUCUCUGGCUCUGAUGCAAAUGCUGAUUCUAAGAGAAGGAAAAUAUGUACAGAAGAAAUUGACCAGAAUAUUGCCAAUAACGUUGACAGUUCGGAGAUCACUGAAGCUGCUGGCGCAAUUCCAAAUGAUGACCAUUUUUCCUUUGCAAAGACUGAUAAAAGUGGAGCACCAGAUUUUGUUCUUUCACUAGUCAAACUGACAAGGAGUGGUUUGCUUCUACUUACGUUCCCUGGGGAGAACUCUCUGGACACAAUUGAUAUUGUUUCAGAUAUUUUCCAGGAUCUGGAGUCUGGGAGUUUAAAGUCACCACUUUGGUGUCAUCGCAUCUUCCCCAUUCAAGCUACCUGUUCUUUGAAUGAGAAGGAACUGCAAGCAGUUGUAUCAAAGCUUGUUCUUCACUUUGUGAAUGAUAAAAGGAACAAACUUGCACUGCCUAUAAAGUUUGCAGUUGGGUUCAACAGAAGAGGAACUGAAGAGAGCCAAGUGAAGAUUCCAAAAGAUGCUUCAAAGAAUUCUGAUCUAUCUGUUUUAUUGGAUCGCAGCAAAUGCUUUAGCAUUGUGGCUGCUGCUGUUAAGGGCAUUGUUUCAGAUGCAGUUGUGGAUUUGAAAUCUCCAGAGCUAUCUAUUCUUGUUGAGUUGCUUCCUCUUUCUGGAGUACCUAAUGGAUCGCUAGUGGUUGGUGUGUCUGUUCUACCCCAAAACCUUGUUAGUACUAAGCCACGACUCUGCAUCAAGCCACUGGUUUGCAAUAAAAGUGGAAGGAAUGAAAGUUAAAGCAGCAUAAAAAUUCAUCCAUGGUUGAAUUGAGCCCUGAUGACUCGCAUGAACAAGAAAAGGAAGAACUGCCUGGCUGCAAACAUGGUAUAUAUCGUUUUUUUACGCAUGCAUGUAGAGUUGUUGGCUUGCAACGACCAUAGAGAGUGAUCAAGAAACAUGCUUUGGUCAUUGAAGGGUUUUCUCAGUUGUCAAGACCUGCUAUGUGAAGUAGACAUUAGGAUUUACUUUUGAACAUGGAGAGAGUUGGGGAACUUGAACUUGUAGCAUUGUCCUUAUAUGGUUAUAUGAUCUAUGCUAUUCCAAGGUAGCUUUUCAAAUUGGUAUGCCGUGGGAUGUAACGAAAUUCACUCUCAUAUGUCACUCCCAUCACACCGGGAUGUAACCUUGUAUCUUUAGGUCCAAGUAGGGAUGAAAGGUUUUUUGGUACAUCUUUUUAUCAUAGAUUCGAUGCUGUUUAUUCGUU